UUGGUACUUAAAAGGUUUUUAUAUAAUCUGUUUUUCUCUGGAGAACCAAAAAGUGAGAGAAAACAAGUAGGAAAAUGGUUAUGAAGCGGAGCCAAGCGCAUUUGAGCAAGGAUUCAAAGGUAGAAGUUUGCAGCAACGAAGACGGGUACAGAGGUGCAUGGUUCCCAGCCAUAAUCCUUGACCCACACCCCUCAGAUCGCUCACCAAAGAAGAAAAGGAAGAGCAUUGGCAACUCAAGCAAGGCUCUGGUUCAGUAUGAGAGUCUGGUCUCUGAAGAUGACCCAAACAAGCCACUCACUGAGCUCGUUGACGUGAGCUCCAUCCGGCCAGUGCCGCCUCCUGACAAUCCUGACCAGCCCUUGGAGCCAGCCGACGUCGUAGACGCCUAUUACCGUGAUGCUUGGUGGGUGGGGGUUGUGAUGAGGUUUGAGGAUGACAAGUAUACCGUGGGUUUCAAAAACCCACCUGAUCUGCUUGAGUUAAGGCGCUCUGAGCUGCGGCCUCAUUGGGAUUUGCAGGACGGCAUAUGGGUUGGUGCCCAGAAGGAGAGGAUGGUGGGAUCAAUUUUCAGCCCUGGGACAGCGGUGGAAGUGAAUCUCAACGAAGAACAUCUAUUCUGUGCUUGGUUCCCAGCAAUUUAUCUUGGUGAACUAGGGGUCAACUCUUUCUUGCUUCAAUAUAAGAGCUCAAACAACUAUGAUGUUAAAGUGGUCAUAGGUAGCAAACAGAUUCGGCCUCAGCCUCCAAAGUUGGCGGAAAGAGAUUUUAGGUUGCUGGAAAAGGUGGAUGCAUUCUGUGAUAUGGGUUGGUGUGUCGGAGUGAUUAAAAAAGUGAUUACAGGAAAAAAGUAUAUGGUCGGUUUUAAAUUCACAGAGGAGGUGAAGCAAUACAGUCAGUCAGAAUUGAGGCCUCACAUGUACUGGACGGAUGGAAGAUGGGUUACUAUGAUCAAUGGAAAACGGGUUACUAUGAUCAAUGGAAACUGGGUUCCUUACUUUAAGAAGACUAAGCAACAGCAGGUUGGAGGACUGGACAAUCGAACAAUAGUUUCUGAUAAACGAAAAGUCAAGAAGGGCAGUGAAAUCAAAAAUGCUGAUGAAGAAAAUGUUGAAGAUGAGUAUGGACUAGACAACAUUGAAUCUUCCGGUAUAAGGUCAGAUUCUGAACUAACAGGGGGAUCUCAUGCUGGAACAUUGUGUCUGCUCCCCAUAGAGGAGGUUGAAUGGAAUGAAGAUGGGGUGCGCAGUAAAAUAAAAGGGAAUGGAAAACUGCCUGAAUAUCUUGUUGAACACUCAAAAGAUCCAGCAAAAGGUGAGAAGCACAAUGGAACUGGAGUUGUUGCUAAAGUUGAAUUGACUAAGACUCAAGCUGUCAAUGAUAAUGGUUCUGAAGAUGCAAUGGUCGAAGCAGAAACUGAAGCUACUGCAAUUGAUAUUGAGAAAAUAAUAGAGGGCUUAAAUAACCCUGCAGGGUUUUCCAGCAAACAAAAUGAGGUCAGAGGAAGACAGGUUGAAACUGGUGUAACAGAUUCUGAAGAAGGGAUGAAAGAGUCAAAAACUGUGGAUACUGCAAUGGAUUACUCAACAAAAGAUGUUCAGGUGACUGUGACCGGAAUAUCUGCAACGGCAUGUGCCCAUGAUCAACCUUUAUCACUGUGCAUAGAUGAAAUGCAUUCUGUAAAAGCCAUAGAGUGCUCAAGUAAUCCUGCUAGGAUCACCAACCAACAAAAUGAGGUUAGAGGAACACAAGUUGAGCAACAAGACAGUCCACAUUCGCCUUUUGUGAGAAGUUCUCCAUUUUGGGAAAGUAUUGAAUCCAUGGAAAUAUUCAAAAGAUUUCCGCAAAAGCCACAUUUUCAUCCUCUGGUGAAGUGUAAAGCAGUUUGUCGUGAAGGAUCUGCACUUGGAAAUAUGAUAACCUUUGCCUCUUUGGUAGAGAAGACUUCCAAGUUGCAAGUUGGCGAUCCUAGAGACUUAUUUGAUAGCAAUUUGGAAGCACUGGUUGACUUGGAAAUGUUGGGAUUUGAUGUCAAAGCAGUACGACAUCGUCUGAAGGAAUUGCUAGAAAUGAAAGUUAAGUUGGGGCAGCGUCAGAACCAAUCAAAAGAAGUUGAAAUUCAGAUAACGGAGUGUACUCUUGACAGAACCAGAAAUAAUGAAACAAUCAGUCAGAUUGAUACGAUGAUGAAGCACUUGCAGGAAAAACGGGCGAUGCUGAUGUCAAUCGAUGUGGCCAAAGGUUCUGAAAUUAGCAAGCUGCAAUCUGAAGCAAAUGCUAUCACUGAAGGCAUUCAGAAUAUCCAUCGUGAUUUUGAGAAAUUCACUGCUGCAGCAUGGUGAUUGUUGUGAUUCUGAUGGAUGUCCCUUGAGAUUACCACUCUUUUAGCUGACCCUUGAAUAGUUUGGAGCUAGGUUUGUCCAUGGAAACUGAUAUAUAAUAUUUAUACUCUUUUGAAUGUAAUAUAAUGAUGGAAGUGAUACCAAACUGUUCUGUAGUUUUUUAUAACAGCUAUUAGCCCUAGAAUGCUGGUAA